AUGGCUACGACAAACUCGCACACUUCUCCAGUUCCGUUCAACAGUGCAUCUAAUGCACCCCCGCAGAGGUCAGGUAGUGGACUUGGUCGGCCUACCUCAGGUCGAUCAAGGAGAUUGAGCAUUGGAAGCGCAGAGGAACUAGCAGCGCAAAACUAUGGGAAUAUACCACCUGCAGCGCCAGCUGCGCCAGAGAUACCAAGAGGGCCUCCAGUCUCAUUUCGAAACGGUGCAACGCCAGACCGACCUCAUAUUCCUCGGUCAUUCUCCGCCAGGUCGAGAAACCAAACUCCAGAAAGCGUACAUGCAUCAGAAACUGUUGGAUAUGAUGAUGGUGGAAAUGGCGCACCGUAUGAACAACUACAAUAUCAACCUCCAGGGCGUCGUGCUUCACAACCAACAUACGCAAAUCCUUCGCCGAUCAUGCCCAACUCUCCGUCGCAAGCAUCUCCAAUUAACAGAAUGCAAGACUCACGAGGACCUUCGGAGGCGCUUUCACGAUCAGGAAGUCACGCUUCCCCGGUGAGCCGCUCUAGCACUGUUCGAUCUACGGGCGACAAGCUUGGCCAACCAACAGGUAGAUCUCCGCUACAACAACUCGAGACCAGGCUUGUCGGAAUGAGCAAAGAAGAAAAGAGAGCACGAGUGAUAGAAGCAGAAAGAAGAUUGCGCGAGAAGAUGGCGCGACGAGAGAGUCAACGAGAAAGCCAGCGAGCGAGCCUUGCUGUGCAAGAUGAUCCGCUUAAAUCGAAAGCAAACACAGCAGAAAGUCAACAAAAUCUCUCGCGCUCGGACGUCUCUCGAGACACCCCUGAUUUUCAACCUCAAAGGAGACAGCCGUCUGUCAGUCGUAAACCUGUUGCCCCUGAACAGGUCCAGUAUGCCGCAAUGCAUGCAGCUCAAGAGCCUCAGGAUGCACUCGCUCAAGACAAUCUCAGAAUACCAGGUCCUCCCCUACAACCUCCCCAACGGCAGCCAAGUGGAAGUCACCGUGUCCCUCCUGUUAAUGGCCGGUCUGUUCCGCCUGCGCAAUAUCGCAACAGGAAUGUGCAAAGCCCGGAGGCGUAUGAUUCCUCGCAAACAGCAGCUGGCAUCCAAAGGGCAGGAAGCAUCAAAAUGCAGAGACCAACUGGACCGAAUUAUGAUUCACAGCGCCCCAUGACUUCUGGAGGUCGUCAGCCAGUACCGAACCCUCAGGACAAUCGUCCUAUGACCUCGUAUAAUGAGCAGUCAUUCUUAGACUCUGACACGGGAGUUCGUCCUACUCAUUUCGCGGGGGAAGCUCUAAACCAAGCUGUAAGCGGGCAGCAGCACAUGCCAGAAGAAGCUCGUCAUGCAUCUCCAGCAUUGAAAAAGUCGAAACGAAAUACCGUGUCAUUCGAUGUUCCGCCGCCAACACCUCCCCCCUUAGAUGAAUGGCGAAAUGCCCCUGUGGCAAGGCUACGGCUUAUCGACCGUGAUUUUGAGCGUCUUGACGUGGAUAAGGGCAAGGCUUGGUGGGAGAAAGGUGCUAGCUCGAAACGACGACAGAGCCGGGCUCUACCGAACAAUUAUCGCAAGCCUACACCAAGAGUGAACGAGCGCAAUCGGUUCAACCCUCUGCUCUUCUUGAAAUGUGGCCCUUUGCUGCGCUAUCUUGGCAUCAGAAAAUCAACCGUUGAUAAUCCCCAGGGACCUACUGAGCAGGAAGUUUGGCGCGGAAGUGUCAUGAUCGUCACAACGGAUUCUCUCUCGUCGUUGGAAACGCCACCUACUCUGCGUCUCUUCGCGCAACCCAUGGAUCUUCUGCCUCCCCCUCCACGACAGAUCGACGACGAAGAAGGACACCUAGCCCCGGAAUAUGUAGACCCCGUUGCUGGUCAGGUGAAAGUUGGUCGUGAUGGACGUGCAUUAUUCGUCAAGCCUGUUGAUCAUUUGGAAGAAGGGGUUGAUCUUUCAGCAGUGGAGAGUGAAGACGGUCUUUUUGAGAGCUCUCCCAGCCCGAUAGAUUACGGAAUUGACAACAAACGCGCGGGGACAGCGUCUAUACCAAGUAACAGACUUCAUCCAAUCAAUGGAGAGAACAGCGGUUUAUAUGAGGAGAUUCAGGGAUUCCGUCUAUAUUCUGACCCUGCGAGAGAUGUAACCUUCUGGCGGUUCAACAUCGAAGUCGAACUAAGCGAGAAGCAGGAACGGAUUGCUUAUCGCAUUAAUGAAGGACCGGCUAUCGGAUUCUGGGUUCCAGCAAAGGGGCAGUCGAUGAAUAUUAUGUUCCAUUCAUGCAAUGGAUUCAGUCUAUCUGUUGAUCCCAACAAAUUCAGCGGUCCCGAUCCUCUUUGGCGAGAUGUGCUUAACGAGCAUCAGACACGUCCAUUCCAUGUUAUGAUCGGCGGUGGAGACCAGAUCUAUUGCGACAAAGUCAUGCAAGAAUCAGAACUCUUCGAAGAAUGGACUCGCAUCAAGAACCCACAUCAUAAGAACAAUGCACCAUUUAGCCCAGCAUUCAAGGCUGAAUUGGAAAAUUUCUACCUCAACCAUUAUGCAGCAUGCUUCUCGCGCGGCCUUUUCAGUUUGGCCAAUUGUCAGAUUCCCAUGAUCAAUAUCUGGGAUGAUCACGACAUUAUUGAUGGAUUUGGCUCGUAUCCUGAUCAUCUCAUGCGGUCACCUGUCUUCUCUGGCUUGGGCAAUAUCGCUUUCAAAUACUAUAUGCUGUUCCAGCAUCAAAGUGUACCUGAGGAAACUGAGGCUGAUGAACCUAGUUGGGUCUUGGGAGCUGAUAUAGGCCCAUAUAUCAAGGAGAGAAGCCGUAGUGUUUUCAUGUCACUAGGAAAAGGGGUAUCAUUCUUGGGUAUCGAUUGUCGUACUGAGCGCAUGCGCGAGGAAGUUGUUAGUGAACAUACGUACGACCUGAUUUGGGACCGUUGUUACCGUGAGAUUGAGCGUGGUCAAGUCAAACAUUUGAUUGUACUAUUAGGAGUGCCUAUUGCCUAUCCUCGACUUGUCUGGCUUGAAAACCUGCUCAGUAGUCGUGCAAUGGAUCCGGUCAAAGCGCUGACUAGAGCAGGCCUUUUCUCAGGCCUGGUCAAUAAAUUCGACGGCGGCGUUGAGAUCCUAGACGAUGUCGAUGAUCAUUGGACUGCGAAACAUCACAAGACAGAGAGAACAUUGCUGAUCGAAGAUCUCCAAGACCUCGCUGCAGAGAAAUCUGUACGGGUUACGAUUUUAGGUGGUGAUGUCCAUCUAGCUGCAAUUGGCCAAUUCUAUUCAAACCCUACUCUCGGAAUUACCAAAGACAAGGACUAUCGCUAUAUGCCAAAUGUCAUAUCAUCUGCUAUCGUGAAUGCACCACCUCCCGAAAUGUUAGCAGAUUUCCUCAACAAGCGGAACAAGAUCCACCAUAUGGACUCGAAUACGGAUGAAGACAUGAUUCCUAUUUUCACGCAUGAUGUGGAUGGAAAGAGUAGGAAUAAUAAGAGACUACUUCCGCGUCGAAAUUGGUGCUCCAUUCGCGAGUAUCAGCCAGGAAUGACACCUCCGCCUACACCACCGACGCCUAUCGACUCUCCCGAUGUCGAAGCAGAAAAUCCAAGACCAGGACUACUCAAAAGAACGUUAUCUCUUGGUCGUGGAGAGAGUCAGGCCCGUCCAAAAACAGGCUUGAUUCGACGUCUAUCCGGCCGAGGUCCACCACCAACAAAAGAUUUCAAUCUCGACAAUGCGCAACGACGCCGCUUCAGUACGGACGCUACUGCUACACGACGACCACCCGAAAACGGCGAUAACUACUUUACCGCAAAUACUGAUGAAUUCCGACCGGGUCCAUUCCAUCGUCGCGCCACGGAUCUUUCUACCAAGGCGUCUAAAAAAGCAACCAACAAUUCUGCUCCCGCCGACGCAGAUGAUAAUACUCUUAUCAAUCUCGAAGGAGGAUUGGACAUCACAUUGAACCUAGAAGUCAACCCCCAAGAUCCAGCCGGUAUCACUACACCUUACAAACUACUCGUUCCAGCACUAUGGUUCGAAAGCGGCGGAUUUGAUCCUGAACCGUAUCCUAUAAGAAAAGGGUGGAAGAAGUGGCUUGGUAGAGGGAAGCCGAAACGAAACCAACAACAACAGAGACACGAUGACGAGUAUGAUGAACAGGAGUACCAGGAACAUGCAUAUGGUCCACAGCAAGUGAGGGGUGGUGCUAAUGGCUCGUAUGAUUAUGAGGACGACGAUGAUGAAUAUGAGGAGGAAUACCAUCAAAGUGCCGGAGGUCAUGGCGCUCCUCCACAAUCACAUCCAUAUGGACAUGCUCCCAUGCAAUACGACGGGGCGUACAGUGAUGAGGAACCAGACGCACCUCCCAAGAGGAAGAAGUGGUUGGGUCUGGUCUAGUCGAUUGAAUACAACGACUAGUCUUUGGUUCGCAUUUUGCGAUUUUUGAAAAAAUUUUGAUUGUGGUGAAAAGUGUACAAUCUCGAUACCCAUGUCUAUAUUACCAGUGAUUUAAUGCAUUCAAUUGUCUAGC